AAUUCCGGGUGCGCCGUGAGGCUGCUGCCUGGCCUGCCCUGUUGUUGUUGGGGAGGCCCCAUGAGUGCGGCGCCCCUGGUGGGCUACAGCAGCAGCGGCUCUGAGGAUGAGGCCGAGACCGGGGCUGGAGGCUGCCCUCGUGGCCAGAGCCCCGUCCCCAGCCAGAGGUUGCCAGUACCGGACAGUGUGCUGCACAUGUUCCCAGGCACCGAGGAGGCGCCUGAAGAUGACAGUGCAAAACAUGGGGGCCGCGUGCGCACCUUUCCCCACGAACGGGGCAACUGGGCCACCCAUGUCUACACACCAUAUGAAGCCAGGGAGGAUUUCCUGGACCUGCUUGACGCAUUGCUGCUCCAUGCCCAGACAUAUGUCCCCCGGCUGGUGAGGAUGGAGGCCUUCCACCUUAGCCUGUCCCAGAACGUGGUUCUGCGUCAUCACUGGAUCCUCCCCUUCGUGCAGGCUCUGAAAGACCGCAUGGCUUCCUGCCAGAGAUUCUGCUUUACUGCCAACCGGGUAAAGAUUUAUACCAAUCAAGAGAAAACAAGGACCUUUGUUGGGCUCGAGGUCACGUCAGGGCACACCCAGUUCCUGGACCUGGUUUCAGAAGUAGACAGAGUCAUGGAGGAAUUUGACCUCACGACUUUCUACCAGGACCCUUCCUUCCACAUCAGCCUGGCCUGGUGUGUGGGUGACGCGCGUCUCCAGCUGGAAGGGCAGUGCCUGAGGGAACUCCAGGGCUGUGAGCAUCCGUUUCCUCCUCUGCAAAAUUGGGAUGAUAGGACCGACCUUGCAAGAUUGCAGAGGUGAUUAGACAAGAUAGCUAGGUGCAGACUCUGGAGCCUGCGUGGCCCUCGGUCUCCCCUCAGCGGUGCCUAAUCUCUGAAGGAUUUCAGUAGGCCGGAUUUGUUUGCAGUGCCCUCUGGGUCCCUGAUUCCCCUAAAGUGACUGUCCUCUCCCGGCUCCUGGUUUAAGGAAAUUGUGGAUGAGUUUGAAGACUCCGAGAUGCUGCUACGCGUGCACGCCGAGCAGGUCCGCUGCAAGUCUGGGAACAAGUUCUUCUCGAUACCUUUGAAGUGACACCAGAGGCCCUCCUUAUCCCAGGCCCUGCUGCAGGCCGGGCAGAGAUGGAGGAGCCUGCUCAAGUGGUGGGGAUGCUCCCAGCCUACCACUGGGAGGCCCAGCUGGAGGUACAGCCCCUCCUGGUGGUCCCAGGGACUGGUUCUCUCCUGGCCCUUUUGGGUUGUGGGUCCCCUACUGCUGUGGUGUGGUCAUUCCCAGAAAUCACCAGUAGAGGGCAACCUGGGCUUCCUGGUUCUCUGUCUGAGGUGGUUAUGCAAAAAAAAAAAAAAAAAAAUGGGGUCACCGGGUGAGCCCACCCAUACGCAGCCACAGUUCCCACUGUAGCCCCUCCAACAAAUGGCCCCUCCUCACACUCCCCCACACCCCUUCAGCUGUUUGUGUUGUGAUGCCAUUGGCCUCAGACCAGCAUUUUUAAAACCGUUGUACCCUGGCUCAUCCCUGCUCAAGCCAGGACAUAGGAUGAAACUUCAGUGGGUCUGUCACCCUCCCGCCUUAAAGCGUGCCACUUUUACUUAUUUAUUUUCAGUCUUAUCCCCUCCUAUGCCAGCAGGGGAUAUUUCAGGGCCCAGGUACAGGGUGCUAAUUGGAGGUUCAGCAUGAGUUUUCUCCAUUCCUUUUUCCCACUCUCCCUCAGCCAGGUGCCUGGGGAGACUUGAGCAGAUGUUUCAUUUUGGCCUUGCUGGUGGCUUUAAGCCAGGCCUCCAACGUUCUGUGACCUCUGGCUCCCAUCAGCUUUCCCAAAGAGGCAGAGCGGCGCCUUCCCCUGGUCAGAGUUCGCUUUCUGCGGCCUCCAAGUGCCUGCUGUGGCCUGUGGGUCUUCUGAGGGAACGUGAGGAAGGGCCAGGCAUUGCACAGGAUUUUUAUUUUUCAAGCCCUCACCAGAGCGAAGGACCAGUCCUUUCCAGUUGCCAUCUGGAUUUCUGGUGAUGGAUGAAGAGACAUUUUUGUUAUCGUUUUAAAUUAUGUUCAACAAAUGAAAAUUGCAGUUUUUAUUUUGGA